CCGCAAGCUAUGAUGCCGUUCUCUUCGCGUCCUGCUACUAUGGAUACGUCAACUCCCUGUACUACUUUACUAGAGGAUUAUUGCAUUCAAGCAUCGUCCAUCAGGUUACCCCUGAUCGCGGCUGGCUUGGUCAAUUCCGCACUAUCGUUACUUCUCACAGAGCUGUCGAAUCGUUUCUUCGAAAUGGCUUUAUUUGAUAUGUUACCGGAGCAGAAACGGACCUCACAACCUGACCCUGCUUCCUGCCCUUCUAGACAAGAUCAGGAAACCCCACCUAACUCUAUGCUUGCACCUACAGAAGGGGAAGUUCCCGAUGAAGCCUAUGGGGUACCAAUUAUGGACGCAUGCUCUGCACAUCACACAGACACGUGUGCACUCGAUAAAUCACCGUCCUCUCCGGUUACUCUGUUACGAGUUAAGGAAGAAAUUGCUACCGAUUUUAACGCUUUUAUGGCGCAUUUGUCACAGGUCCCCUCCUCACGAAAUCAUUUAUCUCAGUAUCCGAAUACACCCGAGGUCUCAGAUGCACAAUCUCCUGACGCUGCUCCACGUGUGACCACUUUGACCUACCUCAAACGUUACACGUGUGACUGUCAGGGGUGCGGGAAAGUGUUCUUUAGUCGAAGCAGCCUUCUGCAUCACAAACAAAGCCACAAUGCUGAAAAACCUUACAACUGCCCCCAGGUUGACUGUAAUGCGAGUUUCGCUUCGGAGUCUGUGCUCCGAUCUCACAUGCAGCUACAUCAAGGGUCCUGCAAGGGGAACCAGGUCAUUUGUCAUUAUCCCGGAUGUGGCAAAGCGUUCAUCUGUCACGACCGUCUCGUAGAACACAUUCGGAUUCACACGGGUGAACGUCCCUACGUCUGUGAUUAUCCCGGUUGUACGUACCGAUUCGCCCGGCGGGGGAAUCUUUUUGCUCAUAAACGUGUUCACGUGGACAAGACACAGCGUCGCCAAUAUCACUGUGUUCACCCUGGCUGUGGAAAAACUUUUCUCUACACUCGCAGUUUAACGGAACACAUGAACAUCCACAUUGGCGAGCGUCCGUACAAAUGUGAUUUUCCAGACUGCGACAAGAGCUUCACCAGCAAAAGCUAUCUUCACGCACAUCGGCGCAUACACGCGAACCCCCACGGCAACAGUGGUUACACCAAAAGUGAUACAACCACCUCUUAUACUGUAUCUACCGUCCCAGUUACAGUGACGAUACCUCUCGCCCAUGGAUCAAGACAACCAGCAGUUCCGUUUCCGCAAUCUUCUCAGUCGGGGGAAUUCCCCUUGUAUUCUUUCUAUCCUGAUCGGUUGACAUGACUUUUUGCUUCUUUUCGUCCCCAUGCUCCUGCAUUUAAUUCAGAAGACAACAGACCCCUCUCUUCACCGCAGUGAACCUGUGAUUCAUUGCAUCUCUGGACGAUGCUUUCUUUCCUGUACAGUACCGUGAGUGAUUCAUACCUAAAAUAUGUAUUCAAACCUUACCUUGUUCUCCUAAAUAUUCGCCAUAGCGC